AUGGUGAUGCAUUGCCAGCUACAAAACGACUCCUGCUCAAAUAGCACAGCUCCUUCCUUCACAGGCCUGGACCUCCUCUUCGAACUGAAGCCCCUCUUCAUUCCUCUGUACGCCAUUCUGGUGACUGUGGCCUGCACAGGCAAUUUCCUCCUGCUCCUCCUCAUCAGCUUCACCAAAAAGUUGCAUAGCACCACCAAUUUCCUCAUUGGAAACCUGGCGGCCGCUGACCUAAUCAUGUGCAUUUUCUGCGUCCCGCUGACAGCCUCGUAUGCCUUUGAGAUCCGCGGGUGGCUGUUUGGGAUCUUCAUGUGUUACUUCGUCACCCUCAUGCAAGUGGCCACGGUGUUUGUUUCCGUUCUGUCCCUGACCGCUAUUGCAGUUGACCGAUACAUUGUGGUCGCUUACCCCAUCCGUAAACGGAUACGGUGCAAGUCCUGUGUCUACCUUGUGGCCUUCAUCUGGCUGCUGUCCAUUGUGGUCUCAGUGCCCACAUCCAUCCACACUCAUUACCUGGAUCUCAACAGCAUCGGCCACGACAUGAUCAUCUGUGAAGAGUUCUGGAAACACCGCAAGACAGAGCGGCAACUGUACUCCUGCUUCAUGCUGCUCCUGUCCUACAUGCUCCCACUUUCUGCCGUGUCCAUCUCCUACUGUGCCAUUUCUUAUCACCUCCAGAAGAGAAACGUCCCAGGAGCAGCCAGCCACAACCAAGAGAAGUGGACUAGAAAGAAGCAGAGGACCUUCCGGAUCCUUGUGAUCUCAGUCAUGUGUUUUGCUUUCUGCUGGCUUCCUCUUCAGGUGGUUAAUCUGAUCAGAGAUAUAGAUGAGGAAUUUGCUAUCCUAGACAAGAGAUACAUAAAUGUCAUUCAAGUGACCUGCCAUGUGAUUGCAAUGAGUUCUGCAUGCUUCAAUCCAUUCAUCUAUGCCUCCCUGCAUGACAAGUUCCGACUCUACAUUCAGCACUAUUUCUAUCACAGGAAGAGGUCAAGCCGCAUGUCUUGUAAGGCCUCUCGGCUUAAUACUUGCUCCACUUUGGCAGAUAACCCUAUGGGCCUACCAGAAAACAUAGCGCUGCAAGGAGGGCCCAAGCACCAUUUUUGA